ACACCAUUAACGGAGGCUCUCCUCCUCCUCUUCUCCCCCUUCACUUCGCUCCCCUCUUAGUUCUAUGCAUGUUCAUUACGUACAUGCACGUGUGCCCCCCCCCGGCUGGGAACCGAAACUGAUCGCCGCGACGAGAGCGAGAACGAGAGGGAGGAAGGGGGAGAGGGGGGAUCUAGGGUUCCUGUCCUCUUCUCUUCUUGUGGCGUCUCCUCGUUGCUGAUCUCGUUCUCCUCCUCCUCCUCCUCCUCUGGUAGUUCUUUGUGAGAUUCGGCUAAAGGACCGACCGACCGGGAGAAAGAUGAUCAGUCCGGUAAAACUUCAAAAAGGCAUCGAUAAUGGCUGUGCGGCAGCAAUUGAUUUUGAGCAAGAUAGUCCGAUAGAUCAUCAACUUUCCUGUAUCACAAAAUUGAUUUUCUUGCUUGCACUGUGUUUCAAAUCCCAAGUGUCAAGAAGUUAUUCAGAAGAAUGAGAAUAAUAAUAUCAUCAGCUGUAGUUGCCGGGAAUAUUGAUUGGUAAUGAUUCAUCGAGCAUAGGUUCACCUGCAGACAUAGAAUGGCUCAACAGAAUCAAGAGACCACCCCUGCGGAUCCAGCUAACUCACCUGCCAAGCGCAAACGUGGUCGUCCUAGAAAGCAAGAUUAUGAUAAUCUUAGUCACAAACAACGUCGAAGUCUCGGGAUUCAAGCUAGUUCAUCUCAAGCUUAUCCAGCUACCAGUUCAGGCCAUGGUGAUCAAGCUGUACCAACUCAUGCUAGUGUUGCAGCUUGUUCCAGCUUUCUGUUUCAAUCUCUUCCAGUGCAAACUAAUCCAACUCCAUGCACCAUUUAUGGGGCACAAAGUUCUCUUGUCGAUGCUGGUUCAACUGUGAACUCCAGUUACGGGAUUCAAUCAGCUCUUGCUCCAGCUAAUCCAUCCCCUUAUAUUGGUUACAGACCCAAAGCUGCUCCAGCUCAUGCUCAUCCGAAUGCCAAUUCAGCCAAUCAUUCUCAGCUUAUCCCAGCUCAGUCUAAUUCUGCCGCCGCUUCAAGCCAUGCACCUAAUGACCUACUGGGACAGGCAGUCUGUGGUACACUUGAUGGAACCUUUGAUGCUGGAUAUAUGCUCACGGUUCGAGUAGCCAACGGUGGACAUGUCUUAAGGGGUUUGGUAUUUGAUCCACGCCUCUGUGUUCCUAUUUCGGCGGAGAAUGAUAUCGCACCAUUGCUUCCGAUGGCAACACCAAAUGGGACCCCAUCUUCAGUGGUUGAAUCACAUGAUCAGACACUUGUUUCAGUACCAAUUCAUCCCGUACCUGUGCCAUUGUCUGUUGCUCUGCCCCUUCAGGUAAGGGAACCUGCUGCUGCUGCUUCACAAACCAUGAACCCCAUGCUUGUGACCUCUAGUCUUCCUCAGCCUUCUCGUCAGCUCAAUACAAAUAAAGUAGUACCAAAUGAUUCGGAUCCCCAGCUUAGUUUAAAUAAAGUGGCACCAAAUGAUACAGAUCCUCGGCUCAGUACAAAUAAAGUAGCACCAAGGGAUAUAGAUGAUUUGCUGGCUGAGGUCCAAGCUAAAACUUUGCAGACUUUGUCCAAAAGCUCAGUUAAUAAUGCCAAUGAGGAAUCAUCAGCAGCUGCAUCCCAACAUGUGGUUGAUGAUGAUAAACAAGCUGAGAAUCUGAGUGCAGAUGUUAAAGAAGAAGCAUUUCAAACGUUCCAAACAACCUUAGAUGUUCUUCCAGAAGAUCGAUGUACAAAUCUUGUCGGGUUUCUAAGCGGAGAGCAAAGCAUGCAUCAAGUGAAAGGAUCAUCAUCCAACAUGGUUGAGGCACCAGGAGCAAAUGAAGGGAUGCGUCUAACCGAAGAAUCAUCAGGCAAUAUGGUUGAGGCAGCAGGAGGCGAUCAGGGACAGCACUGUCUUGAAGAGUCAUGGCAAGGCAACACACAGCGACUCAGUGACGAGACAUCCGACGAGAAGGCACUGCUCUUUGGAGAACCAAAGUCUGGCGAACUAAACCCUGAGGCUCACAGUUGUGCCCCAAGAAUCAACUUCAUAGGUGAAGACUGACAGCCUAUGUUUGAAAAUGUCAUGCCCAACGAUACGAAAGACUAGGCUUCCUCGCAGAAUGGUUUGGACGACGAGACAUCUGGCUGAAAACAAGGAUUGGAUGACUGACUAACUCAUCAAUCAUUGCUCGGUGAUCCAAGUUUCCUGAUCUCCAGCUCAUCAAAGUCCAGCACCAUAAUAUUCGUUCCGUAGAUGAGGUGAUAGAGAUAGAAAGAUGGACGGGAAUUUGAGAUCGCCGUGCAGUUUUGAUGUCAACUCGAAUGAACGAAGGACUAUCAUCAGUAACUUGAUUUGGUGCAUGAUUGUUGCAAUGUAGUCAUAAUCUCCACCAACACUUGUAGAUGACGGUUUCUGCUUGCUUUCUUUUACUGUGCUGCCUCUGUAGCCAUUUCUUCUUUUUUGCUACAAACAAUGUUGACUCAUUAGUUCAUCUGAUAUAUGCUAAACGGAUUCUGUCA